CAAUUCUGUGAACUUGAGGGAACAACAACAAAUUUGAGGUACAUCUGAGGCCUGCGGAAGAUGUCCCCCCAACUCCCAACUGUGUGUCUCUCUGAGGGAUCCCCAACUUACAUCACCCCAGAUCCGGAACCUCACCACUUCGAGAUGCCAGGCCUGGUGAAAGGUGCAGCCCUGAUUGCUCCAACCCUAACCGCCCUGGCUUCCGCCGCCCUCCCUCGGCCCCUCCCAGCACCCCUUCCCCGGGUCCCUUCCUCGCUCAGCCUGCCCAGCCUGCCCACCAUGGCGCCCGCCCGGCUGCCACUCGGCCGCGCCCUGCUCAUCUUCCAGCUGUUGGCCUACUGUCCGCUGGCCCUGGGAGACCUAGCGCGGGGCUCCCUUCUGCGGGUGGAGCCCCGAGACCCUGUGCUUCUGGCUGGAGGGACCCUCGUAGUGAACUGCAGCAUGGACUGUCCCCAGCCUGAGCUCCUCUCGCUGGAGACGUUGCUUGAGAAGGUCCCUGUGGGCCAUGGUGUGCGGUGGGCGGCCUUCCAGCUCAGCAACAUCACUGUCAACAGCCAAGUCUUUUGCUCCGGAUACUGUAAUGGCUCCCAGAUAAUAGCCACAUCUGAAAUCAUGGUGUUCCGGUUCCCAGAGACGGUGGAGCUGGCCCCGCUGCCCCCCUGGCAUCCGGUGGGCCGGAACCUCACCCUGAGCUGCCUGGUGGCGGGCGGGGAGCCCCGGGCCCAGCUCAGCGCGGUGCUGCUCCGCGGGGAGGAGGAGCUGAGCCGGCAGCCCGUGCUGGGGGAGCCGGCCGUGGUCACAGCCACGGUGCUGGCCCGCAGGAGCGAUCACGGCGCCAAUUUCUCCUGUGCCACGGAACUGGAUCUGCGGCCACACGGGCUGGGAUUGUUCCAGAACACCUCGGCCCCCAGGCAGCUGCGAACCUUCGCCCUGCCCCGGAGGCCCCUGCGCCUCGAGGCCCCGCCGAUCCUGGAGGUGGGGUCGUCCACGCAGGUGCGGUGCAUUGCGGAUGGGCUCUUCCCGGCGCCUGAGGCCCAGGUCCACAUGAUGCUGGGGGGCCAGAGGCUGCACCCCACAGCCACGAGCCGCGGGGACACGCUCACAGCCACGGCCACAGCUCACGCCCACCACGAGGGUUCCGCGGACAUCAGCUGCAACGUGACCCUCGGGGACCAAAGUCGCCAGGCCCGGAAGAACUUGACUGUUUACAGCUUUCUGGGGCCCGUUGUGAACCUGAGUGAGGCCAUGGUUGCUGAGAGGUCCACAGUGAACGUAACUUGCACGGCCGGACCCCGAACCCAGGUCAUGCUGGAUGGGGCUCCAAUCCCCCUCCUGGGGCAGCCAGCCCAGCUUCAGCUGCAGGCCACUGAGCGCGAUGACGGACGCCACUUCUUCUGCAGAGGCACCCUUGAGGUGGACGGGCUCCUUCUGCAUAAGAACACGACUGUCCGGCUGUCUGUCCUGUAUGGUCCCAAGAUCGACCGGGAUAAAUGUCCCCAACACUUGGUGUGGAAAGAGAAGACUACCCAGGUCUUGCGGUGCCAGGCCGGAGGCAAUCCGGCCCCUAGGCUGCAGUGUUUGCAGGAGGAUUCUGGGAAUGUGGUGCACGUCGGGAUUCCAUUCGUCGUCGGGCUAAAUUAUAGCGGUGUUUACUGUUGCCAGGCAACGAGUCCAAUGGGCUCCGCCACCUUGCCCGUGGAGAUUGACGUUCGUGAACGCAAUCCCGCCAGGGUAAGCAUCGUCUUAGGGGUGCUAGCAGUCCUAGGGGUGCUGACUGUCGCGGUGGCCUUAAUGUUUGUCUUCGGAUCGAAAUCACGGAGAGGCAGCUACCCCGUGGCGAGGCAAAGCGCCUUCGUACCCCUCACGACGAUGACACCUCAAGAGACAGAGGCGGAGGAGGUGCCUUGAGCGGCGGGACGCCGGGAUCCGGGGCCAAGGACGGGGCAGGGACUUUGGCUCCAGUUCCCCACCAAUAAAAUCCUUUCAACUUC